CGAUUAAAAUAUGGUUCAUAAUUAAUAGUGGCGAUUAAUAUCAAGAUUAUUAAGUCUUUUUCUACUUUUAGCAUCAUUAGUGAGCUAGUUAGCUUAUAAUUCAAGCUAACUGUGGAAGAAACAACUUUUCCAAGUCAGCUUUGAUUUGCAAAUCCUAUCUUUUAGUUAAUUUGAGUUAAAAGCAAAUGGGGAAUCUUUUGUGUUGCGUGCAAGUUGAUCAGUCUACGGUGGCUAUGAGAGAAGGUUUUGGAAAAUUUGAAGAGGUGCUUCAGCCAGGAUGCCAUUGCAUGCCAUGGUUCCUUGGAAAACGAAUUGCCGGUCAUCUCUCCCUUCGGCUACAACAAUUGGAUAUAAAAUGUGAGACCAAGACAAAGGAUAAUGUCUUUGUCAACGUUGUUGCUUCUAUUCAAUACCGUGCCUUGGCAGACAAGGCUAAUGAGGCAUUUUACAAACUUAGCAACACAAGGGGCCAAAUUCAAGCUUAUGUUUUUGAUGUAAUUAGGGCCAGUGUUCCAAAACUCUACUUGGAUGAUGCUUUUGAGCAGAAAAAUGAAAUUGCAAAAGCUGUGGAAGAAGAACUUGAGAAGGCUAUGUCAGCUUAUGGAUAUGAAAUUGUUCAAACACUGAUUACUGAUAUAGAGCCAGAUGAGCAUGUGAAGCGGGCUAUGAAUGAAAUCAACGCAGCUGCAAGAAUGAGGUUAGCAGCUAAGGAGAAAGCGGAGGCAGAGAAGAUCUUGCAAAUAAAGCGAGCCGAGGGUGAGGCUGAGUCCAAAUAUCUCUCUGGGAUGGGUAUUGCUCGCCAACGUCAAGCCAUUGUGGAUGGUUUGAGAGACAGUGUGAUUGGAUUCUCGGUUAAUGUACCAGGGACAAGUGCAAAAGAUGUCAUGGAUAUGGUCCUUGUCACUCAAUACUUUGACACUUUGAAAGAAAUUGGGGCUGCCUCCAAGUCUUCUGCUGUGUUCAUUCCACAUGGACCUGGCGCUGUUCGCGAUGUUGCUAGCCAAAUUCGCGAUGGACUUCUCCAGGGUUCUCAUCAGUAGCUUCUAUUCCUCCCACUUCAUAUCUGAUUUGUAUGGAAGUGUUGUGAUUUUUUAAUGUUUUAUGUCUCUGCAGUAUGAUAUACUCCCUCCAUCCUAUAAUAACGGAGCCAUUUGUAAAAAAAUAUAGUCCCAAGAAUCUUGACUCAUUUCACUUUUCAAUACAACAUUAAUUACUUUUUUUCCAAUUAUAACUCUAAUUAAUACUACUUUCACCACUUUCAAUUCAAUAUUUCUACUUUACAUUUAUCAUAAAGAAGAAUGCACCAAUACUUGACAAAGACACUCAAAACUAUUUUUCUCUUUCUUUUCUUUAUACACUUAUCUUAAUCUGUGUGAAAUGGAAAAUUGGCUCAGUUAAACUGGGACGGAGGGAGUAUGAUUUUGUGUUAGAGUAAACUGUUAACUUGAUCCUCCAAAUAUUACAGUAUCAACUAUCAGUUCUGCAAAGAUAUAUUUUGUCAUUAAGGUAAUCCUUCAACAAUUUAAAACCAUGUCACAUAUUCUAUUAUGGAAAAUGGUGACACAAAAAUACUAAUUUGGUAAUUGUUUUGUAUCUUUGUGGGAUCGAUUUGGUAAUGAAGUAUUUGAAGAACUGUUUAACCGAGUUACCGUGGUUUUUUACUUUCUGUCUGUAACUCUUAUUAUAAGUACGAGUUUUCUACGUUAUAAUUGAUGCAUAACUAGACUAUCAUCUAUCCCUGGAUAUACAAGUUAUCUAAAUAUUGAAAGUUGCAUUGAGAAA